UUUAUUCUUCAACAUUGAUCCAAUCAACGUUGCUUGCACGUUGCUGUAUUUCAUCUUCCAUGUUGCUGAUAUUUUUCGACAUGGGCGUUUCUAGAAGGCGCUAUCUGCGCUACUGCGUCAUUCUAUCCUUGUUUCACAUCUUAUGAGGAACAAAGACGGAAUAAUUCAAUAGCGCGCUUCCCGGACGCAGCCAUAGACACAUGGUCAUAUGCUCUUCUGGUUAUACUAAAGAAAACUUUUGUUUUUUUUGAAGAUUACAUUGCGAAUAACAAUAUGGUUCUACUAGGCGAAAUAUUUCCAGACUUCACGGCAGACACGCAGAUAGGCACCAUCGAAUUUCACAACUGGCUGGGCGAUUCAUGGGGAAUUUUAUUUUCUCAUCCGAAUGACUUCACGCCAGUGUGUACAACAGAAUUGGCACGAGUUGCAAAAUUGAUGCCUGAGUUUAAGAGAUUAGGUGUAAAAGUAAUUGCAUUGUCUUGCAAUUCUGUCGAUUCCCAUCGUAAAUGGAUUGAGGACAUAAAAAGUUAUGGAAAAAUCACAGAGGAGGAAUUUCCAUAUCCGAUAAUAGAAGAUCAAUCCAGAAAAUUUGCCACAAUGUUAGGAAUGUUAGAUCCAACAGAGACAGAUCAGUCUGGAUUACCCAUGUCAGCACGAGCUGUGUUUAUAAUAGAUCCGGCUAAAAAAAUGCGCUUAUCUAUUUUAUAUCCAGCUACUACUGGUCGCAAUUUUGAUGAAAUAGUAAGGGUAAUUGAAUCUCUUCAGCUUACGGACAAAUACAAAGUGGCAACUCCUGUAGACUGGAAGAAAGGAGAUGACGUAAUGAUUGACCCAAAAGUAUCAGAUAGUGAGGCUAAAGCUUGUUACAACGACAUCAAAACAAUACCGUUGCCUUCGGGCAAAACAUAUUUACGUAUUGUACCACAACCUAUUGACACGUAAACACAUUCUUAUCGAUCUUAAAGAUUUGGGUUGAUAAAAUAAAUUUCAAAUUCGACUUCUUGAUAUCUGCAAACAACAAAAGAAGCUGUUUAUUGUUUCAUCUAAACGUAAGUAAAAGUACACUGCGUAUUGUUAUAUACAUUUUUUUCCAAGUACACGAUCACUUACUGUCUCUAUAGGCGUAAUAUAUAUUAUGUACAGUUUUCUUUCCUUUUAUUAAGUUAUUACUGUAAUUAUACUUCUCUACGAUUAUAUUUCGCUUUGCGUUUCUUGCUUGUAAAUUGUUUUAUGCGCAAUAGCGAGUACACGACUUUAUAAUAACAAUAUAUACACAUGUACGUAUACACACAUACAUGCACUUAUUACGUAUAUACACGUACAUGUAUAUAUAUUUUAUAUAUAAAACACUCUCUGGUCAAAAUCGAUAAGAUAUAGUGUGUGUGUUAUGUAAGACAAUAAAUUUAACAAAACUA